GCCAGUGAAGCUUCGAUAUUUUGCAGGCAUCGAUGAAUCUACCUACGAAAAUUGGUUUUGCUUUCCAGUUUUGUUGAGUUGAGAAAGCUUUGGCUUUCAGUGGUUGAAGUAACUGGUCGUGGUAUGUAUUGAUGGAAGGUACUGUGCUGUUGCCCGCCGAGCGUGGCGUUUAGACAUAGCGUGUAAGAAGGCCAAUCUUGCUUGAACGUCCUCGAUGCACCCCAGCAACGAUGUAUUGGAAGCUCAGGAUGCAGCCGCCGUCGGCGAUAGACGGUCUUCUGUCAUCCGAAGAUUGCCAAUUAGAAUCUAUUCUUGAUGAGGAGGGAUUGCUAGACGAACUGAAGACCAAUCGCAGUCUCCUUGAUUUUUUGACACGGGAGGACAACCUCGAGCAAAUAGUUUCUCUGGUUACUGCAGAGCCGCCAUCUGACCUCCCUGAAAACACCAAAUACAGACGGGCUCAGAUAGCAGCAAGCUUAUUUGGAGUUGACCAAGCACCAUCCACCACACUCGUUGAUAAAGUGGCUAGUAAUAAUGUACUGCUGGAAAAGCUAUGGUCAUUCCUGGAUCAAAAUGCACCUCUGAAUUCCCUAUUGGCCAGCUUCUUCUCACGGGCUAUGCAUUGUAUACUUCAGUGCAAGACGAAUUCCAUGUUAGCGUUUGUCCGCAAUAACGCAGGCUGUCUGGACAAACUGCUGAAGCACAUCGAUACAUCGGCUGUUAUGGAUCUGCUGUUAAGUUUCCUGAUUACAUGUGAAUCAUUCCAUUUGCGUAGCCAGCUUGUGGACUGGUUUAAAGAUGCGUGUCUUGUUGAGCGACUAGUAGCAAUGAUCUCGAUCAAGUGUGAUGAGGAUAAACAACGGAAUGCAUCUCGUGCACUAUCAGAGAUGAUUCGUGUCUGCUAUGAUCACCUAGCCCGUGCCUCUGAAGUAACAGCAGCAGCAGCGCAUAGUGAUCCUUUGCUGCAAGUUCUUGAGUCAGAGGAAACACUUGAAGGACUUCUAGGGAACAUGUUUGAAGAGCCACUUUGCGCGAAUGUCGUCCUUCGAGGUACAAGUGUCAUUCAAGCUAUGCUACAAUCACAACAAGGCUGCUCAUCUGAAGGCUCACCCAAAGAAUCAUCCAGCAUUACACAUAAGGAAGCAGCUAGUUCGGUAGUUAGAAGACUGACAAAAUGGCUGCCAAACCUGCAUCAAGUGUUGAUCAGUCCACCAUCACCAUCAUCACAUUCUGUUUGUACUAGUGCAGGUAGCAGCGUGGCCACCGCCGCCGCCACUAUCCCACUGGGAGCUGCACGCUUCACAAUUAUCCAGCUACUAAUGGCGUGUCUGCAGCUGGAUGUUACUGAGUUCACAGAUGAGUUCAUUGCGCUGAAUAUUUGUGGCACUUUUUUAGACUUGUUCCUGGAAUACGUGUGGAACAAUUUUCUCCAUGGCCAGUUUGAGCAGUUUGUGACUCACUGCAUGCGUUGGCGAGACUGUCAGUUUGGAGCAAAGAGCCUGAUUGAGCUGCUGUUAGUUGACAACCAGUUCAUGAAACGUAUUGCAACAGCAGCGCUUGAAAAUGAAGAGGAGCAACAUACUGCUGGUGGUCGUAGACGUGGCUACAUGGGUCAUGUGAUCAGUAUUAGCAAUACUGUACUUGCUGCAGUGACGGGAGACUCACGUGUUGCCGAUGCCACUCAGCAGCUGACUGAAGCCGAUCUAGCAGCAUGGAAUGAAUGGACGGUAGGCCCACUAGAAGCUGCUAACCAGAAGAAUAAUGCUGCACUUGGUGGACAACAUCCGGCGGAAGAAGAGGAAGCUUGCGAAAUGGAACCAUUGCCGGCACUGGAUGAUGUCCAGCAAGCAUUUCUUAAUUAUCAGCUUACUCAGCUUACGUCAGAGUUUGCUGAAUCAUUUGGCUUCUCAGAUGAGCUGCACACAUCAGAAACCGAGCGUCCGGUGACUACUCCGUUUGAAGAGAUAACUGCUCUUGACUUUGAACUUAGCACGGAGCAAGAGUCUCAAGAGCCGGAUUUGUUCACCCUCUGCUGUGAGGCGCGCAUAGUGCAUGCAAGUUGAACUGACGGUUGAUGGAUAGCGCUAGUGCCGAUGGCAUAGCAUUAGCAGCAGCAGCAGCAGCUCCUGGCACGCAUAGGUAUUGGUAGUAACGUUCUCAUUGACCACUUCCUAAUACCUUUCACUCUCUAGAUUUUCACAAGUUUGCAACACAAGUAAUGAAAUGGAAGCUUCAUGGCAUGUCGACAAUAACAAUAUCAUAUUCUACUUAUUUUCAUACUGUAGUGGCAAGGAUUUCAUACUGUAGUGGCAAGGAUUUCAAGGAUUUCGAAACAUACUUAAAAAGUACUUUACAGAUGUUUAUAUCUGCUCUUUCCGUGCGGCGGCAAGUUACCGCGUACCAAUGACCUUUUUCUCAUGGUUUUUAUCAUAUUUUAGUUCCGCCAUUGCUGGCACAUGGAUCAGUGGUAUAAGGUAUACCUUAACAAAUAGCACACAUCUUUUCUUUUCCUACCUGCUGGGUGUGUUUUUAUACCUUUCUGGACUGCAUGAUAACUUUUGAAACCAGCAUUGCCUGGUGUUUAUUUGCUUCUGUUUGUCUUCCCUACUCGUUGGUCACAAGAGACAAUGUCAUAAUCAUAUCAUGACAACGGUGAUCACUCCCAAUGUCUCUUGUUUGCUCUCCCGCUCCCGGCUUGCUUCGUUCGCUGGCCUCAGCUUUGCCACUGUACUGGUUGUUGAGGCUUUGCAACUGUACUGGUUGUUGAGCCUCAGCUUUGCCACUGUACUGGUUGUUGAGCCUCAGCUUUGCCACUGUACUGGUUGUUGAGCCUCAGCUUUGCCACUGUCCUGGUUGUUGAGGCUCAGCUUUGCCACUGUACCACUGUACUGGUUGUUGAGGCGGAUUUAUUCCUGUACACAUGCAGAAUUUAACUUGCGAAAAAAUCAGUUUUUAUUCUA